ACUGAACGCCAGGGGAGGGAGGGAGUUGUCUUAUCGCGGCCUCUGUUGACGUCACGGGGGAAAUCCGCCCCGAAACGAUUCCACGCCAGAACGUGAAGGAAAAACACCUGGGCAAAAACAGCAGAAAAGGAAGGCGCGACGAUGCUACUCGGGCCCCGGGUAGCACGAAAAAGCGGGUGCUUGUGCCCUCGAAGCGCCAAUUUGACCGCCAGGCACCGAUGGAACCAACGGAGCAGCAGGACACAAACCCAGCCACUAUGCACGCGGACCACGGCGCAACAAACACCCAAGAGCGCACUCCUCCUCCGCGGUUCGACUCCCUUGCGGCGACUACGGCCCGCGCCACUGACGCUCGCACGCCUGUUGUCCGGCAAGCCCCUCCCGCAGCGCAAUUCGAGGUUGCUGAAUUUCUGUUACCGCGCCGCCGCCUGGUUCGGCGGCUCGAUUCUCUUCCUAGGCAUCGGCAUCGUCGGCUUCUUCCUCUACGAUGCCUCGACCUACCAAUCGCACGCCAGCCAGGCCGACGUUGCCGUCUCGGCCCUCGCUAUUAACCCCCGCCGCGGCGGCCCGAAGAACCUCCCGAUCCUCGAGAUUUGCCUCGACGACGAUGACAGCGAGGAAGCGCGCAGGCAAAAAGAGAAGCCGCGGCUGGUGAUUCUCGGCGGCGGCUGGGGUGGCGUCUCGCUGGUGAAGGAGCUGGCUCCCGACAACUACCACGUCACCGUCAUCUCGCCGGCCAACUACUUCCUUUUUACGCCCAUGCUUCCGUCCGCGACGGUGGGAACGCUCGGGCUGAGGUCGCUGGUGGAGCCGAUACGCAGGAUCAUACAUGGCGUGGGCGGCCACUUCAUUCGAGCGCGCGCCGAGGACGUCGAUUUUUCCGCGAGGUUGGUCGAGGUCUCCCAGACGGACUGCCACGGCAACGAGCAGAGGUUCUAUGUUCCCUACGACAAGCUGGUGAUCGCCGUCGGAUCCGUCACAAACCCGCACGGGGUCAAGGGCCUGGAACACUGCCACUUCCUCAAGGACAUCAACGACGCUCGGGAGAUCAGGAACAAGGUGAUCCAGAACCUGGAGCUCGCCUGCCUCCCGACCACCACAGACGACGAGCGGAAGCGCCUGCUUUCCUUCGUCGUGAGCGGCGGCGGGCCCACGGGAGUCGAGUUCGCCGCCGAGCUCUACGACCUGUUGAACGAGGACCUCAUCCAGCUGUUCCCGAAGCUCCUCCGCAACGAGAUCUCGGUGCACCUCAUCCAGAGCCGCGACCACAUCCUCAACACGUACGACGAGACGCUGUCCAAGUACGCCGAGGACCGCUUCGCGCGCGACCAGGUCGAGGUGCUGACCAACUCGCGCGUCAGCGAGGUGCGCCCCGACUCGAUCGUCUUCACCCAGAAGUCCGAGGACGGCAAGAUCAUCACCAAGGAGCUGCCCAUGGGCUUCUGCCUCUGGUCGACCGGCGUCUCGCAGAACGAGUUCUGCAAGCGCAUCGCCAAGAAGCUCGGUCCCGCGCAGACCAACCACCACGCGCUCGAGACAGACACGCACCUCCGGCUCAACGGCACUCCGUUGGGCGACGUCUACGCCAUCGGCGACUGCGCGACGGUCCAGAACAACGUGGCCGACCACAUCAUCACCUUCCUGCGCAGCCUGGCCUGGAAGCACGGUUCGGACCCGGAGAACCUGCAGCUGCGGUUCGAGGACUGGCGCAGCGUCGCCGAGCAGGUCAAGAAGCGCUUCCCGCAGGCCAUUGGCCACCUCAGGCGCCUCGACAAGCUGUUCGCCGAGUACGACCGCGACCAGUCGGGCACGCUCGACUUCAACGAGCUGCGCGAGCUGCUCAAGCAGAUCGACAGCAAGCUGACCAGCCUGCCCGCCACCGCCCAGCGCGCCCACCAGCAGGGGCGGUACCUCGCCCACAAGUUCAACAAGCUCGCCCGCGCCACCCCGGGGCUCAAGGCCAACGAGAUCCGCGAGGGCGACCUCGACGCGGCCGUCUACAAGGCCUUCGAGUACAAGCACCUCGGCAGCCUGGCCUACAUCGGCAACUCGGCCGUCUUCGACCUCGGCCCCGGCAGGGGCCUCGCCGGCGGCCUGUGGGCUGUCUACGCCUGGCGCAGCAUCUACUUCGCCCAGAGCGUCAGCUUCCGCACGAGGGUGCUGAUGGCCAUGGACUGGGCCAAGCGCGGCCUGUUUGGGAGAGACUUGAUGAGCUACUAGAAGUACGACUUGCUUCCCCAUGGAGAUGGCCCGCCCAUUUGUGGCCGAGCUGAGCUGCCGAUGGCUUCCCUAUUGAGAGAACAGUAGGAAGAUAGUCGGGG